GUUGUGGAUUGUGGUUGGCCUUUUAUUAACACACUUGGAGGUGCCCUAUGGUAUAUUGACAGGAAUCAGGCAACCUUAAAAAGCAGAGGAUACCCUGUCCCAGAUGUUUUUAUGCAGUUUGCUGGAUUUCGUAUUCCAGAAAAGUUAAAGAAACGCAAAAUCACUGCCGAGUUUUUGAGUGAGGAGGAACUACGUUCCCAUGGAAAAGCCUUAUUCAACCUGCUUCAGGCUGCCUAUUUCCAGAAAGAGAUUUGGAAGGAUGUAAAUGAUGCUGUUGUUGCCUUAUCAAAUUCGUUGAUGAAGUAUAGUGCAUAUCUGGAAUCUCAAUCAAAAAGGAUGAAACAAAACCACCACUCUCUGAUGAUGAAUCAAGACAAAGAGAAUUUCAAAAUCAUUGAAAAGUCUACCAAUUGGCCAGAUGACAUAUACAGCUCUGUUUAUGAAGUCUUGGAUAGUAAAGAUGUUUGCGAGCCAAUAUUUCUUGAUGAGUAUGCACCAACCGAUCGAAGGAGAAGAUAUGAGUACAUCACAAGUUUAAAUUUGCCAUUUAGGACAUUGCUUUUCACUCAUUCAGGUGGAGCAAUUCAUUCACACUUCUUGUGGAAAAUUGAAGAUUGUUCACCAGUUGAGGACAUGAUUAAUAUGGCUCAUAACAUUGCGAAAGCUAUAGUGGAGGACCUUCCAAAGUAUCACUCUCGUGCAAUGAAAAAAGAGUUUGUGCAGAAAUUUGGUCUGGUCGCCAAUAAAACUGUACUAAGACAGGCAUAUCGGACUUUAACAG